CUACACCUUUAUAUUAGAUUAUAGAAAAUAAAUUUAAUGUUACUAAAACGGGUACUUGGGAACGUUCAUUCAACCUUAUGAAAGAUAAAUUAGAUAGUUUCAAUCGAAAUUUAACAUUGAAGAAAUGGGAAGAAAGCCUUUCAUUAGGAAACCUAAAGGAUGAAUUAUAUCAUCACUGGAAAAAAUAUAUACCCAUAAUAUAUAAUCCUGAUUUUAACUUUAAUAACCCAACUCAAUUGAUAGAUGAUGAUAAAUCUGCUAAUGAUAUAUUAUUUAAACCAAUGGAGUAUUUUAUAUGUGGAGGUGAUCCAGAUGAAGUUUUCAAUCAGUUAAAAAAUGAAGAUGUCAUGCCAAAUGUUUGUGGCAAACUUUUCAAAAAUGGUCAACCAACUUAUUCUUGCAUUGAUUGUGCCGCAGAUGGUACAUGUGUUUUAUGCUCAGAAUGUUUUCAGCAUAGUGAACAUAAAAAGCAUCGAUAUAAAAUAUUCACCAGCUCAGGUGGAGGAAUUUGUGAUUGUGGAGAUAUUGAAGCUUGGAAAAUGGAUCCCUACUGUACAAUGCAUAUGCCAAAAAACAAUAUUGAACAAGAAAAUUCUCAAUUUGAGGCAACAUUAAAAUCAGAAUUAGAAGAUGUUGCUAAUAAUGCAUUAAAUAAACUUUCACAAAAUUUAGUUAAUAGAGCUGGAUCAGUUUUAAUGUCAACCAUCCAAUAUAGUGUUUUAAUGUUAACUUGGCAAGAUCCAUUGAACUUACCUCCUGCUUUAGAUUCCAUAGCUCCAAAUGAAAAUCAUGUUACAAUGUUAUACAAUGAUGAAAUUCAUACAUACGAACAAGUCAUAAAUACACUUUGCAGAGCUAUUGAUUGCAGCCAUAAAGAGGGUGUAGAAUUUGCCACAACUGUUGAUAGAGAAGGAAGAAGCCCAGUUAUGGUAGCCAACGUUUUAGAGUGUGACAGGGUUAAAUCCACAAUCGAGCGAGCGACCUCGAGACAUGGCGGGAAAUCCCUCAAAGUUUUAGUAUUCAAGAGCAUAGUGGUUGCCCACCAAAAUUUUGCCUACAAACUACUUAUUUGGAUCAAUUACAUUAUAGCUUAUUCUGAUGGGCUUAGAUUACUUUUAUGCAAUUUAACGACUCAGCCAUACUACGAAGAUGAGCACUGCAUUUUAGAACACAUCAUACUAUACGAUACUCAUAUUUGGAAAAUUGCAAGAAUGAAAUGUCACGAGCUAUUUAUGUCCAACAUGCUUUUAUACCCGGAAACUAAAAAGAAAUUAGCAUUACUAUUCACACAACAUUACUCUAGAAUUUUGGAUGAUUACAUAGAUGAGGAACAGGAUCAUUUAGUUUCUAUAUGCUGUAUUUCGGUUCAACUGUUUACAGUUCCUUCUCUUUCUCGAUUUCUCAUAGUCAAUAAAAAUGUAUUAGCUGUUGUCAUAGAAACAUUCAUUCGCGUGUGCCAACAAUACAAAAAUGCUGAUGGCAAACUAUCCUUCGACAGAAAUCAACAAAAUAAUACAUUCAGAAGGGCCCAAUACAUUUUGAAUGAUUUGCAUUACCUGAUGAUAUCGCCUCCUAAAGAAUCAGAAUGGACUGAACAAUUAAAAAAGAAUUUUUUGAACGGAUUCAAUUCUAUGAUUAACCUUCUUUGCUCUUUACAAAACAUGGAUACGGUAACACGCCAAAUCGGUCAACACUUGGACUACGAACCCGAAUGGGAGACAGCCUUUAACGUUAUGUAUAAAUUGAUCCCGUGUCUUAUAUCAUUGGAAGAAUGGAUAGUUACGGACAAGCAAAUUUUGAUCAAAGCUUACAUCAGAACUUGCAAGGCUAUUUGGAGAUUGAAUAAAAAGUUCAAGAUUGAGAAUGUUACCCUAAAAACUUCAUCAAUUACUGCAAUAGAAACAAACGGUAAUAACGAGAUUAAGGCAGAUGCCAUAAAGUACGAUGUAUCAGUACAGCCCGUGUCUGUUCAUUUGCCAGUUACUAGGAUGUUUGUAGGCAUAUACAUCCAUCUUUUUCAAUACGGCAUGAAUUUUUUCUCCCCCCAAGUCAAUUACUGGAUUAAUUCGGAUGAAGUAUCAUCGAUAGCCAAUACUAAGCAAACCAUUUCGGAUCAAAUUGAUCAAUCAAUAGUUUCAGCUGCUUUACCUUCUAGUACCGAUAAGUGUAAUUUGGUUGAAGACACUAUAAUUAAUAAAGACUAUUCCAAAUUCCCCACCCCAAUCGAGUUGAUGGAAUAUCCUAUGCGCACGCUCGUCCUCUGUGCCCAAGUUCAGGCCGGGAUGUGGAGACGUAACGGUUACUCCCUAUUAAAUCAAGUGUACCUAUACCACAACGCCAAAUGGAGAUCCCUUAUGUACGAUAGGGAUAUCGCUAUGCUCCAAAUAGGAACCUCUCUCAGUUUGGGCGGAAGCUGCAAGACUUUACAAUCCAAACAAGGAGUUCAGGAGGGAAUGCAAGAAUAUCGAGACCUUACAACGAUGAUUAGCAACAAUCUAACGGAGAGAGAUACGAAGUGUGACACUCUCUUGGUUUACUGGUCAAGCAAAUAUAAUUUGAUAAGUUUUUUGCAGGCGGUGUUAGAUAAAUCAGCUACCUUAAACAUUAAAACCAAGCAAGAUCCUGAUUCAAAUGCUGGAGAAGAGGAGUGUUCUGACAACACGAAAAGCAAGGGGUCUGAUAAUAAUGCCGCGAAAGAACCAAAUAAGGAUAAUUUGAAUUCUUAUUCUGCGUUCGAAGGGGACGAGGAGACUGUGAGACAGAAUGCCGUUAUGCUGGAAGAAUUUCUGAGUCUCGUCAUAGUCAUUAUAAGCGAAAGAUAUUUUGUAGGAAUAGGCAAGGUCACCGAUGAAGACAUAAUGGAAAGGGAAAUCCUACAUCAAUUGUGCCUUGGCCCUAUUAGCCAUAGCGAAUUGGUCAAAGCCCUCCCCGAAAAUGCUGGUAAAAAUACGUCAUUUGAAAAAAUUUUGGCCAAAAUCGCUACUUUAAAAAAAACUACAGACAUAACGGCCAAGACGAAAUACGUCCUCAAAAGGUCAUUCUAUAAAAGGUAUAAUCCUUUCUUCUACCAUUACACUAAAUCUGAACAAUCCAAAGCCGAGGAAUACAAAAAGAUCCGGAAGUGUGAAACCCUUCAAGAAAAGGCCUGCCCACCUCCAGUUCCGCCAGAAUUUUUGCCGCAAUUUGAAAUAAUUUCCGAAUUUUUAUGUAGCGAUCUCUUGAUUCGAAUUGAAUUAUGUGUACUGAUAUGCGCUCACCACGAAGAUUUGGCGGAUACUAUCGGUUCCAAUAAAUUGUCGCAUUUCAUCACCGAUAUACUCGUUCACGAAGUAUUACAUUUGAUAUGUCUUGCUUUGUAUGAAGAAAAAAGACGGAUAACCGAGUUUGAUGACAUCCACUUUGGUUUUUUGAAGAAGGCAAAAUUAUAUGGGUUUUCUGAUCAUUUACGUUUCUUGGCGAAAGAUGAUCACAAAUUUGUAUCCAAUCAUUUCCUCGUUGCAUAUACAUUAUCCCUUUACGACGAAGUUACUAAAAUUUACGACAGUAAAGUAACAAACGAGGAUUCACUCAAAGAAGACAAUACACACAAUUUGAUAGAAAAUUCCAAACAUUCAGGCCCAUCUAAUCAAACAACACCCAUAACCUUAGCUGGUAGUAGUAGCAGCGAAACCCAGAGAAAAAAACGGGGUGAAUUAGCCAAAAUACGACGACUCAAAAUCCUCUCCCAAAUGAAUAGGGCUCAAAAAAACUUCAUUAAAGGCAAUAAAGAUCUAUGGGAUAGCAUACCAUCCAAUUUAAUAACAGAAGAAUCGAAAGGGGACACCCCGUCAAAAACAACCGAGGAUGUCAUACCUCUCUCUAACUAUGGAGAAAAUAUAGAUGUUAUGUUCGCCUCUGAGCCAGAACCCAUUAUAACUAUCCCCGAGGAUAUCGUGAUGAAAGAACAAAACGAAGCACCUAAUAAAGUCAUAAGCUUCAAAAUCUUUUCGAAAGAAAGGCAGAAAAUGUUAGCGAUUCAUAAAAAGAAUUCUUCCAUUCAACCCCUUCUUGAAGAGAAAAGUGAAAACAAAUGUUACACAUGCAUUCUAUGUCAAGAGGAUCAAAUUUUGAGUCUAACAAGUGAAGCGCUCGUCAUGGCUGCAUUCGUUCAAAACUCUACCGUACUGAGACGCUUCAAAUCUUCAAACGUUUUGGCGUCUAACUCUUUUCUUGACGAUACCGUAUCCAUGUCCAAGGGUCCGGUGGCUCGGGCAUGUGGUCACGUGAUGCACGCGCGUUGCUGGCACCGAUUUUAUGACGCAGUGUCUUCCAGAGAACGUCGUCACGCGCUCCGAUUUCGUUUUCACCACGCCACUUACGAUGUCGAACGCGGGGAAUAUUUGUGCCCGCUUUGCAAUACUCUCGGCAAUGGAGUCAUGCCAAUACUUCCUCCUACAAUUGCCCCCAAGAACAUUACCAUGACUUAUCAGAGCGAUGAUCUUCCCGAAAUCAGUAUGGAAUACUGGCUGAAAGUCAUGAACGCCAUAGUUCGAAUGUCGGUUUUAACAUCCGACCGAACCGAAGACGAAAGCUGGGUAGUGCAAACCGAUUGGAGAUACCUCUUGCGCACCAGGGAUAUAGAUCAAAUUCUUAAACUUUUCACCGACUCCGAACUGCCCUGCAAAACUCGGUUUAAAUCGCUUUUGGAGCCAGGGAAACCGAUUAACAAAGAAUCCUCCGAAGAAAGUGACGAUGAUCUGAACGAUUUUUCUGUCUCCAUCCUAACCAUGAUUAAAACAUUUAGCUUGACCAUUUACACAGUUAGCCUAGACUUAGACCCCUAUGAAGAUAACGAUCGUAUUCCUCUCAUGGCUUGGUAUUGUUGCUCCUUCACGAUAGCCGGCUUCGACUCUCUCUUGCUCUCCUAUGGCAAUAUAUCAUUGUCCUCCCUCUGCAAUCCUUCCGAUUCUUCUACCGGUGCCCAACUUAAGCAAAACGAUUCGAAGGUUUUAGCUGAACAGAGAAUACCUGACAGAUAUGGCGAAUGUUUGAGAUUAUUAGUCCGCUACACCAAGACUUUUACUUCAAAAUGCGUUAAAAGACAGCUCGUGAAACACCACGCCCUGACCUUUUGCAAAACCAUUUUUACUUUGCCCCAUGUUUCGCCGUCGUGCGACAAAGAUACCCUAGAAGAUAAUACUAAUUUGCCUCCUUGCAAUGAUCAAGAUCCUGUCGACAAAGCCCAUCAAAAUUACUCGUUUCUGUUAGAUUCGGAUAUGUUUUCAUUCCUGGUUAAGAUAUGCCUAUCCUGUCACAGCAUAUUUGCGGAAAAGGAUGAUUGCAGCGAGGAUAUUACGUGCCAAGCCGAUUUAUCAGAUCAUUUCUUCCUCAAACUACUCUACAUAGCUCAAGUGGUUCAGAUUCUAUUGGUUUAUCGACUCAAAUCAAUCGGCACAUCAGAGGGAAUCACGUCAGAUUCGAACGUUACUGUAACCGAUCAAUUUAAGCCAAAUAACGAUGGAAUAAUAAUAAAUAAGGACAAUGUUUUUACUGCGGAAAGCGAUUAUUCAGACGUUCCUUCCACAUCCAAAACUGUAUUUUGGGAAAAAGAAUCUCAUUCAGUUGUGGAAGAAGAAAUGGAAAUCGAAGUAGACACCGUCAAAGAUGAAUCUAUCAAUGUAAACGACGAUGACCAUAUGAGUGACGAAAAUUCUACAAAAGAAGCCCAUUUUAUCCACCAACUUUGGGUUCAAAUCAAGAAAAUUGCCUCUGGACAAGAAUACGAAUGUGCCGAUAAUGAAGAGCUUAAAGAAAUACGUUUACUGCGGCAUCUUAAAAUAUCGCUGAUUCCCUUUUUGAGGUGCAGCGCAAUAUUUUUUCACUUUCUCACGGACAUACCUUUUCCCGGUGGUGUAUUGCAAAAUGAACCAGUUAGCAACACUUCACCGAGUUAUUUCGAAGCCCUGUGCGACUACUUAGAUAUCCCGACUUCUUUCCAGAUACUAUUUCAAUCCGGUAGUUACCGAAUAACCGAUCUCAUAAAAUCCGUCUGGCUUAAACACCCUAAAAUAACGGCCUUGUUCUCUUCUGAAAGUCGCAAAAAUGCAGAACUUAGUGAUAAAAUUGACUUAUUAGCCAAGAGGAGAGAUGGAGAAAAAUCUUCCAAUUUCGUUAUAAAUUAUCCUCUAAAAACCCCGUCCUUGAUCCGCCUUCCCCACGAUUAUGCCGACCUUAUAUUUUCCGCGGCGAAUUUUGUAUGCCCUAAUGCCUCCGCAUCGGCCGACAAAUCACCUAAAAUGGCAUCUCCCAAUUCUUCUCGAGCUCCCACGCUUUGCCUCGUGUGCGGAACCGUGCUUUGUUCCCAGAGCUAUUGCUGCCAAACGGAUAUAGGCGUUCUCGAAAGAGGGGAGCAAACAAAUUAUGACAAUUUAGGAGGUAUCAUUUUAGGUGAUAAUUUGAAUCCCGAUGAUAAUGAAAUUCCGGAGGAGGAGAGAGGAGAAAGAACAAGAGAUGUUCCUAGAAGGGGAAAUACUAGAGGUGUGGUUGUAAUUAGGGAAAGGGAGUCUAGAGUGGAAAGAGACGGAGGUGGAGCUGUGGGAGCCUGCGCUGCCCAUGCUUAUCGAUGCGGAGCUGGAACCGGGAUAUUUUUGAGAAUCAGGGAAUGUCAAAUACUAUUUCUGAGCGGACGAACAAAGGGCACCUUCUAUCCAUCUCCAUACAUCGACGCAUAUGGUGAAACUGAUCAGGGAUUGAGACGCGGGAAUCCUUUGUUUUUAUGUCCGGAGCGUUACGAAAAUUUACAAAAGAUUUGGCUCAGCAAUUCAAUACCCGAUAAAAUAGCCCGUUCCUUAGAAGCCAAUCCAAAUCUUUUGUCUAUCGAUUGGCAGCAUUUAUAAAAAAAAAGAAAUUUCGGUCAUACCCAUUCUUUUGCGUAUAUUUUCAUAAAAACUUUGGAGGGUGAAAGCGAAUUAUUUUUCUCUAGUUAAAAAAAACAACCUAUUUAUGUCUUAAUUAAAUUUUUUGGAAUGUCUUAAGAUAAAAUUUAAAUAAAAAAUAUUUAUAUUUGUUAUUUAUUCAUAUUCAAUUGCACGGUAUGUCUCCUUGAAUUGAUAAUUAAUUUUAUCUGUCCAAAAAUUAGGGCAAAUUGUAUUUUUUUAUGUAUAAAUUUCAAAUAAAAAUAUUUAUGCUGGAUUAAAUGAGAAGGUAUAAAACGCGCCUUUAAAUUAUGGAUUAUAAAGAAUGAUUUUUGCAACAAAGAUUUAGUUAAUUUUUUUUACAAUAAUUAUGAUUCUAUGUUAAUUAACUAAAAACCUGGGCAUAUUUU